UUAAGUUUUCCCCGUCAGAUUGUGUGAACUUGGUAACUGCCAGUAACCAUCCCGACGCCGUUUCACCGAUUCCGUGGCUUUCCGCCAAAACUCCUUUUUAAAACUUUCAACCAACCACUCUCUGCUUCUCACUGUUCUCUUUCUCACUUCUGCAGCGAUCCUUUCUCUCUCUUUUUGGCCUCGACUCGUCCAUCCAUCUCAACUUCGGCCAAAGUGCUUCUUCGAAUGAAAUGGCUUCUAACCUCCGAACUCACUUCCAGCAGUGCUUUUCGUCUCCCUCCCUCCGCUCCUAUCUCGCCGAGUUCAUCUCCACCUUCCUCUUCGUCUUCGCCGCCGUGGGCUCCGCCAUCUCCGCACGGAUGCUCACUCCGGACGUCACGUCGGAGGCGUCGUCUCUUGUCGCCACCGCCGUCGCUCAGGGCUUUGCAUUGUUUGUUGCCGUGUACAUCGCCGCGGAUGUCUCCGGUGGCCACAUAAACCCCGCCGUCACCUUCGCCUUCACCCUCGGCGGCCACAUCAGCGUCCCUGCUGCUAUGUUGUACUCGCUGUCGCAGUUGCUCGGCUCCACCCUCGCGUGCCUCCUCCUCCGCGUUGCCUCCGCCGGCCAGGCAAUUCCGACCACCAGGAUAGCAACGGAAAUGACCGGGUUCGGAGGGGCAAUUCUGGAAAGCGCGACAACGUUUGUGCUGGUGUACACGGUGCAUGUGGCCUGUGAUCCGAGGGGCGGCGGUAAGAGGGGGCCGUGCACGGCGGCGGCAAUGGGGCCUCUGGCGGUGGGGCUCGUGGCGGCGGCGUGCGUGCUUGCGACCGGUUCGCUGACGGGCGGGUCCAUGAACCCAGCCCGGUCCUUCGGUCCGGCGAUCAUCAGCGGGGACUUCAAGAACCAUGCAGUCUACUGGGUCGGGCCGUUGAUCGGUUCGGCGUUGGCGGCGUUGAUCCACCAGAAUCUGGUGUAUCCUUCUUACUCAACAUCCGCUGAUUCACGUCAUGGCAAUGUAGAAACCGUGAUCGUUUGACCUGGUGUUGUUUGUGUCAGUACUGUUGUUGUUGUUGUUGUUGCUUCUUUUUUUUUUUUUUUGAAGUAAUUCGGAUGCUAAAUUUUGUACCUAAUUGUUAGUAGCAGUAGUUUUAAUUAAUCUGGACUG